CUGUCCUUGCCGUGACAAACAAAAUAGAAAAAAAAAAAUAAAAACAAAAGUUAAAAUUCUAGCCUGCCCCCCUUGAAAAAUAAAGGGGUAUUUAAGGUAGUUAAAAUCGAAAAGAAUCCAUAGGCACAGAGAGCCAGCGCACAUAGAAUGUUCCACUUCAGCGGCUUCAACAUGAUGUUCCCGGAGGGACGCAACUUUCAUCCCAACUACAAGUGCUUUUCCGUAUCCAUGUUGCCAGGAAACGAGCGAACCGACGUGGAAAAGGGCGGAAAGAUCAUUAUGCCUCCCUCGGCGCUGGACACGCUCACCCGCCUGAAUGUGGAGUAUCCAAUGCUGUUCAAGCUCACCAACGGCAAGAAAUCGCGAUCCUCGCACGCCGGCGUACUCGAGUUUGUGGCCGACGAGGGCAAAUGCUAUCUACCCCACUGGAUGAUGGAAAACCUGCUGUUGGGGGAGGGCGACAUACUAAACAUCGAGAGUGUCUCGCUGCCGGUGGCCACCUUCUCAAAGUUUCAACCGCACAGCACCGACUUCCUGGACAUCACCAAUCCGAAGGCGGUGCUGGAGAACGCUCUGCGCAACUUUGCCUGCCUCACGAAGGGCGAUGUCAUAGCCAUUAAGUACAACAAGAAGGUCUACGAACUGUGCGUCCUCGAGACAAAGCCCGGCAAUGCAGUCAGCAUCAUUGAGUGCGACAUGAAUGUGGAGUUUGAGGCGCCAGUCGGCUACAAGGAUCACUCCGAAACGCAGGCCUCGGGCUCUGGCCAGCAGGGUGCUGCUGGAACUGUUGGCGGCGAAGUUGUCGGAGCAAACAACGCCAUACUCGAAGAGGUUGUGGAGACCUUCAAGGGUUCCGGCGUACGUCUGGAUGGCAAGAAGAAGAAGGAAAGCCAGUUGGAAACGCCGGUCGUGAAGAAGGUGCUAGCCCGCGGCGUCCCGGACUAUGAUUUCCAGUUUGGACUCAUCCGUUUCGACCGCAACAUUCGACCCAUCAGCGAUAGGGGCCAGGAAGAUGAUGCUGUAGCUGGCAAUGCGGACGGUUCCGACGCGGAGAGCUUCCACGGCACUGGUUUCUCCAUGAAAAAAUCGCGCAAAUAGCUCUGUAGCUCUAGUUCUAGUUGUAUAUUGUGAGACACAUAGAAAUUAAAGGAAGAACCUCACAGGGGCAGCGUCAA